CAGCCCGACAAGCUCAUCCUGGGAACUGAGGGAGAGGGGCCGCGGGGAAAUUGGUUUACAAAAAUGGUUUCCCGCUAGAAACGCGUUCGUUUCUCGUCCUUCUCUCUCGAAGAAGAAACAAAAACGUACAUCCAUGGAGGACGACCUCUCUUUCUCUCUCUCCUCAAUUCGUUCAUCGUUCUUCUCCUCUUCUUCUGCUGCUAAAAUCACCUCAAUUGUUGCAUCUGGAGAAUUGGUUUUAUAAAUAAAUACAUUAAACAAAACGUUAAUCAGCCAACGUUUGUUCUUCUUCUCUCUCUUCUCUGAUCUCAAUCUUUCCCAUCUCUCUCGCACUCCAUUAUUCGCUUCACUGCGCCGAACAGGAACAACCAGAAUAAAAAGCUCGGAUUUUUGUCUGGGAUUUGUUAAUAAUAACGCUCGGAUCGCAUUGGGUUUUCUUCUCUGGGGAUUUUGAUUUUUCAUUUGGGAGGAAAUCUGACAAUGUCGUGCUUCAAUUUCCGUAAGGAGAAGAGCCCUGCUCGCGGGAAGAAAAUGUUGGAUGACAAACACAAGUCUUUCAGCGCUUUGCAGGACAACCCUGCUGCAGGAUAUUCAGGAGUUCCAGAAAGAAAAUCCCACUCAUCAUCACUAUUGAGUUUGAGUAAGAAACAAAGCAGCAAUCAGAAGGGUGGUACAAAGGAGAGCUCGCUUCUUCAUUUGAGAUCCGAGGGAGACAUAUUGUCAUCAGUUAACUUGAAAUCCUUCACAUUUGCUGAGCUAGUGGAAGCCACCAAGGACUUCAACCCUGAUGCUUUGAUUGGAGAAGGGGGAUUCGGCUUUGUUUACAAAGGGUGGCUUGAUGAACAGACCUGUCAUUCCGGAAAGGGAAAUGGAGGCAAAGUUGUGGCCAUCAAGAAGCUUAAACCCGACGGUUUUCAGGGUCACAAGGAGUGGCUGUCUGAAGUGAAUUAUCUCGGCCGACUCCACCACCCAAAUUUGGUGAAACUUAUAGGUUAUUGCUUAGAUGGAGAAAACCGCCUGCUGGUCUAUGACUACAUGCCCAAAGGAAGCCUGGAGAAUCACCUGUUUAAAAAACGAAUAAUGAAUUUGUAUUACUUCCCAGGUGAAGGAGAGCCUCUUUCAUGGAAAACAAGGAUGAAAGUCGCCAUGGGUGCUGCCAGAGGCCUUUCCUUCCUGCAUGACUCAGAACAACAAGUUAUCUACCGUGAUUUCAAGGCAUCCAAUAUUCUCUUAGAUUCGGACUUCAAUCCGAGGCUCUCAGAUUUUGGCUUGGCGAAGGCGGGUCCAACAGGUGAUCGCACCCAUGUUUCCACCCAAGUUAUGGGCACUCGCGGAUAUGCUGCACCUGAAUACAUUGCUACAGGUCGGCUGACAGCAAAGUGUGAUGUGUACAGCUUCGGUGUGGUGUUGAUGGAGAUGCUGACAGGGCGCCAAGUGGUGGACAAGACCAAAGUAGGGGUGGAGCAGAACCUAAUAGAAUGGGUGAGACCUUACUUGAACGACAAGCGAAAGCUGUUCAGGGUGAUGGACACCAAGCUGCAAGGGCAGUACCCUCAGAAGGCUGCAUUCAUGGUCGCGUUCCUCGCCUUGCACUGUCUCGGGGAUGCCAAAGUCCGGCCAAGCAUGCCCGAGGUCAUCACCAUUCUGGAGAAGGUCAUGUCAGCAAAGCGCACCAAGAGCCCCAGUCCAUCACAAGUCUCCGAGUCUCCAUUGAGUUACAGCGACGGUCCACCACCACCGCCUCCAACAGUAUCCCAAAGCGAUGUGAAUUCCCUGCCUCCCAAGACUCAAUAGCUAUGCGAGAGGUUUGUCUUUGGAGUCCUGUGAUUCUGGCGUAGAGUUGAGGUGUAAAUUGAUUUUUUUUUUUUUAUGGCUCUUUGCUUUCUUCUUUUCUGGCUGCUUUGAUUUCAUUUAGCCAAUGGUGGUAGAGGAAUUAGUAGGUAUUGCAGGGUAGGAGUGUUUAGAGAACAUAUGUACAUUGAAAUUGCCUGCCGGAAGGUCUAUCUGCAGCCGGCCUCAGAGCAACAUGAUUCAUUCAAUUACUUGUUUCCUUUGCUCGCUCACUUGCGAUUUUCUAGUGUCGUAACUUGGUAAGCAAGUAACUGGAUUUUGUAAUAAAAAAAAGAUAAGGAAACAUCAAAAAAGUGCUGA